UUUCUUUCUUUCUUUCUUAGUUGCCUUUUAUAGGCCUAUAUUUACAUAUAUAUUCUGUCUUAGAGUGCAGGCUUGGUGGGCCCAGAGACUGCAUAGGGCAUAAUUCCUUUGGCUUUGUGUUGCCAAGUAGCUCUAUACAAACAACGUAAAUGUUUUCAUCCAUAAAUGGUAUCAUCCAGAAUCCUCACCACUGGCUUUCAACAUUGUUGUCGCAACUGAUCUGACUGACGUGACAUUCUUUGAAACUUCAUCAUUUCCUUUUUUUUUUUUUUUUUUUUUUAAACACUGGCCAGCACACAUCUACUGUAUCUGUCAUUCUUGUCCACUGUCUAGGCAAUCUGUAAGAUUAUUAAAAAGAAACUGUUCUUAGUUGUAUGCAAGAGGAUGGUUGUAACACUCUUUAAAGGUUACUAUAUUUUUGUACUUCCACUUUAAAGAGAAUGAAUUGCACCCAUUUUAAACAGGAAGUGAUGUGGCAAUAGCAGUAGGAAGGAAGACUUUUUUUUACUUAAACUACACUAUACUUUUUACUUUGGAAUCACAGUUUUGUUUUUAAGUUUUCACGAGUUACAAAUAGUCAUUUUGGCCUGAUCCCAGAGUACUGCCCUCGUAUCCCUGGCUGUGAUAGGAACCGGCCAAGAGUGAGGUGGCGGAGGGAUGCCAAAAACAGAGGAACAUACAGAACUUGCAAAGAGGUUUGCAUGGGACUGAAGCCAUACAGAAAAUGGCAAGCACUACUUCUGGAUUUCAAAAUGUGACCAAUUCUACAGUGCAGACAGAGAUUUUCUCAGGCUUUAAGAUCUUCAUAAUAUGCAUUUACAUUGCCAUCCCUAUUGCAAGUCUCAUUGGAAAUGGGCUUGUCAUAUUUGUGACUGGUUACAAAAUGAAGACGACAGUCAACUCCAUUUGGUUCCUCAACUUGGCGAUUGCAGACUUCAUCUCCUCCUUAACUCUAAUCAUAAGCGCCAUUGUAGAGACAAGCAAAAUCUGGCACUUUGGUAACUUGAAGUGUACGUUUCUCUGUUUUGUGAUUUACAUAAACUCAUUUACUAGCAUUUUGCUACUGACGACUAUUAGUCUGGACCGAUGCCUGUGCACAUGGAUGAUCGUGUGGUCUCGUAAUAAUCGAACCAUAUUCAAAGCCAGAAUCAUCUGCAUGAUUGUGUGGGUUUUAUCCAUCAGCGGCUGCAUCCCUGCCAUCCGCAAUCACUCAACAGCAGAGAGUGAAGGAACCUCUAACCAUCCUAAACAAUACUACAAGUUUCUGGUCACAUACAGGUUCAUAGUGGGCUUUGUCAUCCCCUUCCUGAUCAUUGCAUCUUCAUAUAUAGCUAUCUGCGUGCGAGUCAAACGCCUCAAAAAGAAGAAGCAGCCCAGGUCUUACCGGGUCAUUAUAGCUGUGGUCCUGGCCUUUUUCGUAUGCUGGCUUCCUUUUCAUGUCCACAAAUUUUAUUACAUAAGUGCAAAAGAGAAUCAGGGGAGUGAGCCUGCUAAAGAGAUUUCUGAAGCUGUAGUUACCUGCCUGGGUUUUCUAAACAGCUGUCUGAACCCCAUUCUCUAUGUGUUCAUGUGUAAGGAGUUUAAGAUGAAGCUGAAACAGUCUCUGCUGCUGGUGCUGGAGACGGCGUUUGCUGAAGAUCAUCUGGUCUGAAAGCAAACAAAAGAUACGACCAUCUCUAUUCCUACCAGUUGCCAGGAUGGAUGGCCACCCUUUUAUGACAUGCCCACAUGAGGUUCAACAGCCAUACACUGCAUUAUACAAAUGAAAAUGUUGAAUCACCGACUCAAUUUACUCUAUAGCAAUGUAUUGGGGGAAAAAAGUGUUUAUUAAAUGGACUAAUCUGGCUAAAUCUUGUUGGCUAUUUUAAUGCGACAUGAAUCUCUCUGCAUUUCAUGGCAUGCAUAGAUAAGAAAAAAAGAAUUUUCAGCAUAAAAAUGCUUGUUUUUUUCAGUGGUGGAUGUUAACAAAGUAGUUUAACUCCCUUACUGUAGCCUACUUUUAGUAGGCUAUCUGUACUUUUUCAGAGUAUUUUUAUUUUGUAAAAAUUUUACGUUUACUUCACUACAUUCCAGUAAUGUAGCCAUGAGGGGGCCUGGGGGGAUUGAGGUUCUGAUCACUUAAAAUAAAAAAAUUAUGUAAUUUUUGAUCGUUAGCCUAUUUGAUAGAUUGACCAAUGCGCGCUAAAAUGCUACAGCUGUUAUUGGUUUGAUUAUGCAACGUGAUCUCAUAUGAAAACGUAUGUAUUUUUACUUAAAUUGUGGUUCUACCACACGUACAUAUACUUACGUUUUCAUACACACAAAAACGUACAACAUUAACGUAUUUAUAGCACUAAAACGUAAAAAUACUUACGUAUUAACAGCAAAAAAAAAAAAAAAAAAACGUAAAUCAUGUAACGUAAAGUGUGAAUGUAUAUGAAUUCCCAUGUAUUAAUAUUAAAUAUCGUGGCUUUAAUGAUUUAACUAUGUUUUUAGUCGAAUUUAUUGAAAGCAGUUUACUCAUCUACUUAAUAUGAAAUAACAUUUCUGUUUGUGACUUGUGCUGCUCGUUUCGGAGGAUUACAUAAAGUUAAACAAGACUACAAUUUGAAACCUCAUGAAUAAAAUUUCUGUAAUUCUUUAACCAUUUUGUAAUAUUUAGUUUGUUUGCUGUGAGGCGUUUUCUCCUAUGCAGCGACUGACAAUACAACCAUAAGAUACACCAAAGCACAUAAAUUCACAAAUCACAUCCAUUUUAUUUGUUCGCUGUACUCCAAAUCUUUAGAACCCACAUGUUUGUAAGGAACAAAUCCAAAUUCAGCCCUUUAUCCAUCGAUCUUUAUCUUCAUUCUCAGCAACAGCAACAGUCACAGUCAAAGCUCGCGCUCGUUAUGAUUCAAAUUUGAAAGUAGCGCCACCCUCGAGAAGCGACAUGGUUUACGGCACUGAUAUCGAACGCUCAUUGGUUCUCACCUGCUUCGUCACAGAUUGCGACAUGCCGUGUUUCAGUGGAUUGACAUUUGAAAUGAGUGCCUUCACGGAGAGUAGCCGGAUUUAUCAUAUUUUCAUGGGUUAAUAAGUUCAAUUCUGCUCUGUACCCUACCGCCAGAGAGGACUGUGACUGGAACUUAUCAUCACACAACUACUUUUGGUACCACUUUUUACAUUUUCGCAAAAAAUAAAUUACGCUUGUUUGUCUGUCAUUCUUUUAUUUAUAACAGGUAGUGUAAAGAAAUGGUUAUGGGUAGGUUUAGGGGUAGGUGUAGGAUUAGUGGCUCAAAAUAUCGUUUUAAUGUUAUAUAUUCACUAAAAUUGUCAUUUUCCUACAUAUUUCUGUUCUUUAUGUUUUAUUCUUUUAACAUUCUGUAUAAAAUGGGUAAAGUUAGGUUUAAGUUCGGGAUGGGGAUUAGGGAUCUUACAUUUAUCUACAAAAAGAUAAAAUGGAAAUUAUACAUAUAUCUUUAUGACAUGAAAGAUUCGUAAAUAUUUUACGUUUUUUCGCUGUAAAAACGUAAGUAUUUUUACAUUUUAGUGCCAUAAUUACGUCAAUAUUGUACGUUUUAGCACCUUUCUAAACGUACAAAAAUGUACGUUUUGUGUCUUUGAAAGUUACGUAUUAAUACCUACGUAUUAACAAUGAGACCAGGCUGGAUUAUGUCACGUAUUGUGCCUAUAUGCUGUCAUUAUCUUUGCGUUCACAUCCUUGCGUUCUUUUGUUCAUUAGCCUAAUAACAUGCAAUGACAAUGGUGGGACAAAGUUCAAUAUUAUGCUUUUACAAGAAAUCACAGUAAGAUGAGGGGGAAGUAGGGAAAAGUUGCAUCUACAUCUGAGCCUAAUUCGCCUUUCCACAAGGAGACAGUGAGGGAAAGCGGCACCUGAGGUUUCCCAUUUCCAGGACAUGCAUAUUUCAUCACUGGACUGUAGAAGUGAGACUUCCACGACACCAAUCGGCACAAUGCCAAAUGAUUUUGUCUCAUUGUAACAGCAGAAACAACUUAAAAUACUCUGUCAUUAUGGUGGAGUAAGACAUCAUUCAAAACUGUAAAGGGUACACUCACAAUUGUGCUCAACAUAGUGCUUUUGUAAAAUAAAAAAAAACAAACAGGAUAUGCCACUUUCUGCUGUCUCUGUGUCCUUUCCGUGAACUUGUUUGUGGAGCAUGUCGAAAAAAGAACCAAAAGUCGCAUAAAUUACUUGUUGCACUAUUUUGUCUUUCGUUUUGUUAAUCUGUUAUUUAAGUGAAAUG